AUGAAAAAAUAAUAAGUACAAGCAAAAACAAAAGCAAAGACAAGUGAGAAAUAGAGUAAGUUGAAUCAAAAUUCAAAUGAUCGAUAUUAUCCUGAUCUAUUAAUAGAUGAGGAGGCUUAUCUUCGUAAUAAUUACAAGGUAGUUCGUGAGUUAGGAAGAGGAGGAUAUGGUGUUGUUUAUAAAGGGUAUGUUUAAUAAUAAUUUAGAUAUGCAUACAAUAAUGGAUAAGAAGACAAGACAAAAAAGUAUGCAAUAAAAGUGAAUUUUUCAACAGUAUCUCCAGAAUUGAUAUUUGCUGAGAUUGGAUUUUUAAAGUUAGUAUAAGGAAAAGAGAACUUACCUUAAUUAGUGAAUUUGUUUUUAACAAAUCAAAAGAUCUAUAUAGUGACAGAGUAUUUUAGUUUUGAUCCAUUUAUUACAUUUUUUUCUACUUUCAAUAUGUAGUAAAUAAGAGAUUAUCUACGAGAAUUGUUAAAAGCUUUAUUAGUUUUAAAAUAGAAUGGAAUAUAUCAUAGAGAUGUAAAACCAGGCAAUUUUUUAUAUAAUCCAAAAAUAAAGAAAGGCAUUUUAAUAGAUUAUGGAUUAUCAGAAAUAGAUAAAGCAUUCGUAAAUAAUAUGGUAGAGAAUGGUGGUAAUACUCCAGAAAUAAGAAGAAGAAAAUAAUUGUAUGAUGAUAUUAUGAAAACAAUUGCAUAGAUUGGACAUAAUAAAAUAGGAACUGAAAGUUUUAUGCCUUUAGAAUCAAUACUACAUUAUUAAGAAUAAUCUUAUGAAGUAGACAUUUGGGCAGUUGGAGUUAUAUUCUUAUAAUUUCUAACUAGAAAAUACAAUUUAUUCAGUAAUGUGAGAAUGGUACAUAAACCAGCAGUUCCUAAAAACCUUUUUUAUGUUAAUUUUAUCUUAGAAUUAACUUCUCUUUUUGGAGCUGAAGCAAUUACAAAGAUUUGUAAUAAAUUUGGUAAUUAUUAAGUAUUAUUAAAUUAGGUUAUUAUUUGAAUCUGCCAUCUGUUGUAGCUAAAACACCAAUAAAUUGGAGAAGUGUAAUACAUGUUGAAGGAUUUGAUGAUAAAGCAGAAGAUUUACUUACUUAAUUAUUAGAACUAGACCCUCAAAAAAGGAUAAAAGUUGAGGAUGCUUUAAAACAUCCAUUUUUUGAACAAUGA